AAUAAUUGAUAACAAAAGAAAUGACAGCAAAUAAGCGGAUUUUUUUGUGAAUAGCAAGCAACGUGAUGAGCUACGAUUUCUUAUAGGGUAUUCCAACUUUGUGCCGGCAAGAAAAUGCGGCCCCCCCAUGAGCUUUCACUCACAUAAUAAUCUAGCAAAAUAGAACUAUUCCUCAAUUGAUAUGGUGAAGAAAAGAAGAGAAAGAAGGGAAUUGCAAUACAUAAGUGAUGAGGUCUUUCGACGUUAAAAUUGUAGUCUACUAGAAAAGAAAUAGCAACUCAAGAUGUCUACGGAACUGUGCUCAAAAGAUGGAAUUCUCAUUCGGAUAAUGAAAGUGGAAGACUACAUGAAUGUGAAGGAUUUCAUGGGAGGAAAUUUCUACAAUGGAGAACCUCUAUGCGCCUCUUCAGGCGAAGAUGUGCAGAAAUGCUGUGAGAAGGAAAACGAUAAAUACCACAUCUCGAUGAUCGAACAAGGCACCUGUCUUUUGGCACUCAACGAAAACGAUGGAGGUCGCAUAGUAGGCAUUGUUUUAGCGGGAGGUCAAGUGCCCAGUGAUCUGGAGAAGCAUCGCAAAGAAGCAGAAGAAAUGGAACAAAACACAUGGGGACGCAUUGCCGUGUUUCUAUCAGCUGCCGAAAUAGAAGCGAACCUCUUUGAGCGCUACGGCAUCUCCAGCCUUCUCUACUCUCACAUUACUUGUGUGGAUGCCACAAUGCGUGGCAAGGGAUUAGGGGGACGACUUGCUACCGCACUAAUCGAAGUAGGCAAAUCCAAGGGCUUUCCUUUAAUGGUGGCAUAUUGCACAAGUUUCUAUUCGGCGCGUCAAAAGGAAGCCUUGGGCAUGGAGUGUAUCUACAAACAGGCCUACGUGGACUAUAAGGAUGAACAAGGUCAAGUGGUGUUCAAGCCAGCAGCCCCUCAUACUCAUAUACGUGUUAUGGUAAUUAAACUUUAAAAAGUUUAAUUAUGUUGUGCCAGUGUUGAUAAG